AUGGCAUCAAUCCUCCAGCACGCGCGACGAGUGGCAUGGGACAACCACAAGGGUGAUCAUAUCUCCGGUCAUGCCAUCAGAAAGCUGUCACGAUCGGAUCCGUUGUCUUUAUUUGUCGAAGCAUUAGAAGCAGAUGGCUGCGUGAUAGUCAAGGACUUUACCGACAAGGCUGCGCUGGAGAAAGCCGACUGGGAGGUACGGCCGUGGCUUGCUCAGCAAGCAGAUGGUGUGAAAGUGGGCGGCAAGUUCCCUCCAUUGUGUCAAACUGCCGCUCUUCUAUGUACUGACUGGCUUCAAGCGCUUCAAGGCAACACAAGAACGGUGACCAGACUCAUUGGAAAAAGCGCAACAGUGAGGGAGAAGUUCUUUGCCGAUCCCCUCUACCAAGCUCUGUGCGAACAUUUUCUGGCACUUGAGACAACCCAUUACUACGGGAACAAGCCCGUCACGACAACUAGCCACCCGCUUCUCUCAAUAUCGAUUGCAUUUGAUAUCCCGCCGGGAACGCCUGCGCAAGGCCUUCACCGCGACGACAAGAAUCACCAUGCUCGCCAUAGUCAUGCCGACAAAUACGCAAAAGGCCGCGACUUGCUGCUAGGACUGUUUGUUCCAGCGUGCGACACAGUCAAGGCCAACGGCGCGACCAGAGUCGUCCCUGGCAGCCAUCUAUGGGGCGAUGAGAUGCCCGACUUUGGCGCCGACGGAACUCGUGGAGUUGUUGACGCAGAGAUGCACGUGGGAGAAGCCUUCAUCAUGCUGGGAAGUCUUUAUCAUGGAGGUGGAGCGUAUGAGAAGCCGCUGGGGUCAGCAAAAGACGGUGCCAGAGAGAGCAGGACAGUUUAUGCUAUGUUCUCAUGCACUGGCGUGCACCGGCAGGAAGAGGUAUCGUUUCUGUCAUAUUCCGUCGACGAGGUCAAAACAUACUCGAAGAUUGUGCAAGAACGUCUAGGGUGGAAGCAGAGCGAGCCAAAUCUAGGCUGGGUCGACCUGAAGAGUCCAGAGUUCCUGCUGGCGCAAUGA